AUGUGCGACUCUGGCCUUAUUUUGGUCCUAGGAGCUGAAACCGCGCUCUGCCCUGCCUGGAUAGGACAAGCUUCUGGCAGCUUCUGCUAUCCAGAGGCAGAAUGGACCCUCUUGCCUACAACCAGAGCACUACUGAGUUCCAACAAAACCCCUGUGUUGCCUAAGGAAGCAGUGUUUCUUCUUACUAGGUACAAUCUUGGCUCCACUGCCAUGCGUGGGGCUCUUCUUGGAAACGUACUUCAAAGACCUUCCUAUAUUGCAUCGCUAUCUGAUUCUCCUGCUGAGGCCUUAUGGAAAGAAUGA